CAUUAUAACUGGUAUAAAAGCGUUUCCUUCAGAGUUCACAACAGAGGUAGAAGAACCCUAACAGCAUCCUUGAGAGGUGAGAAGCAGCCGCGAGCAAGAACCAGAUCGAGCAAGUUUCACUGCAAUCAUGGCGGAUGUUGAACCAGAGGUAGCAGCACAAGGAGUGCCAAAGAAGAGAACAUUUAAGAAGUUCAGUUUCCGUGGUGUUGAUCUCGAUGCUCUCUUGGAUAUGUCCACUGAUGAACUUGUCAAGCUUUUCUCUUCUCGUGCACGUAGAAGGUUUCAACGUGGUUUGACCCGCAAACCUAUGGCACUCAUCAAGAAGCUCCGCAAGGCGAAAAGAGAAGCUCCACCUGGUGAGAAGCCAGAACCUGUGAGGACUCACCUCCGUAACAUGAUCAUUGUACCUGAGAUGAUCGGUAGCAUCAUUGGUGUCUACAAUGGAAAGACCUUCAACCAAGUUGAAAUUAAGCCUGAAAUGAUUGGUCACUAUUUGGCUGAAUUCUCAAUCUCUUACAAGCCUGUUAAGCAUGGUAGGCCUGGUAUUGGUGCCACUCACUCCUCCAGGUUUAUUCCUCUCAAGUGAAGAUCGUCAUCGAUGCCCCUCUAUCUUUUAAUGCAAACUUUUGCUUGUUUUACUGGAACUAUUUAAAUGCUCCAUUUCUAUUUGAUAUUGUUAUGACAAUAGGAUAUCAGUGAACUAAAGUUUUGGGUUUAAAUUGUCUAUUUAUGAGCUUUUUGGAGUUUUUGUUUCCUCUCGAUUUAAUAUGGUUUAUAGAUCAUUGGAUAUUGUUAGUGUU